GACUUUAUGGACGCGUGGUCAAAGGUAACGGCGAAGCGACGGUUGGGAGAUUUCAACUCCCCUCCUCCUAGAUGUAGGUUUGCGUAGUGCGCUCCAGCGCGCAUGUUUGCACCGUUUGGACCGCCUGCAGCGCAACCUGGUGGCGCAACGCCUGAGUAUAAGGUCCGCGGUGGAGCUGAUGUUUUGACCGCAGAGCUGCUCAUCUCUCCCCCCUCUCCCUCUCUCUCUCUGCCUCUUGAGCCCGCACAUGAGGUCCGCUGCUACGUCUCGGUCACGUGGCUCUCCUCAGCGACAGCUUUGCGUUUCUGCGGCUCCUCGGCUCAACCAGCGACGUCGAGGCUGAGGUGUGAGAUGCAGUUCAGAGGGUGCAGCUGGAGGCAAAGUUAUGGCACGGUCCUCCUCGGAAGAAAACCUCCCACAGCAAUUUGUCCCUGCCCAAAACGCUUCUCGGGGACGCGCAACGCCGGAGCGAGAAAACCCCAAAUUACGCAUCAAAGUAAGAUAAUUGAAUUCCGGGCAGAAGCGAGUCGAGGGCAGCAGGAGAUUCCAGUGUGUGGCUCUUCUUGUCAGAUGGCAACCAGAUGACAUCUUCUUGAAGUUCGCCACCUGAGUGUCCCGUGUGUCGCCUCCUGCGCCUGCAGCCUUGAGCUGAGUGAAGGGCGCAAUGCCACAGGUCCGUCCAGCGAGGAGAACAGCUGACUCGCGGCCACGCACGGUGCAAAGAUAAUCUUGAUGCAGCAAUAGUUCCAAGUGCCCCCUUCAGCCAACCGGAGGAUGACACUCACAGAAUAGGACUCCUGACUUAAUUCGUCAUCUCUGGAGCCUGUAGGCAAUCUACCAAAACAGCAUAACAGUGAAACCAAGGCAGCCAUGAACCUGUUCAGGAAGGAUGCCAUUAGCACAAAGAACGAGAAGGAGAAAGAGAUCCAGUAUGAGGACCCUCCAGAUGGUGGUUGGGGCUGGAUGGUGGUGAUACAUUGCUUCCUGGUAAAUAUCCUAGUAAUGGGAACACUGAAGAGCUUUGGAAUCUUCUUCGUGGCCUUCCAAGAUGAGUUUAGAGGCUCAGCAGAGAGCAUCAGCUGGAUUGGUUCCAUCAUGUCGAGCAUGCGCCUGUCUGGAGCACCCAUUGCCUCUGUGGCCUGUGCCAAGCUCGGACCCAGGGUGACCUCCAUCAUGGGGGCAGUGCUGGUUAGCGGAGGCUUCAUCAUGAGCAUAUUCGCGAGCACUGUGGUGUACCUCUACUUCAGCAUGGGACUGAUAGUUGGAAUGGGUUUCGCUCUACUGUACCAAUCCUUCUCGGUGGUCACAGCUCUGUACUUCCGAAAGAGGUUAGCAACAGCGUAUGCGAUCGGACGUUCUGGGAUGGGCUUGACCUUCGCCCUCGCCCCGUUUACUCAGCUGCUCCUGAACCAAUAUGCUUGGCAAGGGGCGAUGCUUAUUCUCGGUGGUCUAAUGCUGAACCUGGUGGCCACUGGGAUGCUUCUGCGACCCAUUAAUGUAAAGCCUCCUGUGUCAAAUGCUACCUCUUCUCCCAUCCAAAAGAGCCCAGCGGUUUCCCUCAAGAGCUCCUCAGAGAAGGAAUACACCAAGAGCUGCUUGAAUGGCUCUUCUCACAUAUCCAAUGGCCUUUCCAAAUCAGACUCAUCCCCUCCCCUACCUCCCACUCUCAGGGACACUGAGAACCUGGGGGGCCAAUGUACUCAGGGACCCCAGGACCAGUCAGCGAAACCUGAACUUACCAGACUGGUCCUCGGUGGUGUGAAUGGCCAUGAGCCUCACCGUGACUUGGGUCUUUGUAAACCCACUACUCCAGACAGCUCAGCCGAACUCAAUGGCAGCAUGAAUGGGUCCACCAUUGUUGGACAUCCCUCGCAUGCCAGCACUCCCAGUGAGGUGACAGUCACAAAAGCCAAAGUACUGGAUUUCUCCCUGCUAAAGGACCCGUUCUUUUGCAUCUACACUUGGUCGGUGGUCUUCAGCCAGCUGGCCUACUUCAUCCCUUAUUUCCACCUGUCUGCCCGAGCCAGAACCCUGGGCAUCAAUGCCAUGGAUGCUUCGUUUAUCAUCUCUGUGGCAGGUAUCACGGAGACCAUCGCCCAGCUAGCCUCGGGCUGGGUGACGGACAGGAACCUGUUUCAUAAAUACCACUUCCACAAAGCCUACCUGAUCCUCUGUGGCCUGGUCAACCUGCUGUCCCCACUGGCCGACUCCUACAUCCUGCUGAUGGUUUACGGCGUCUUCUUUGCUGUCUUCUGUGGCGGCUACAUGGCCCUGCUGCUGCCUGUUCUAGUGGAUCUUGUGGGGUCGGAGCAACUCAACAACUCCAUGGGCUUCUCCAUGUUCUUCGUUGGCCUGGGUUGCCUCACGGGACCUCCGCUAGCAGGGUUCCUGUACGACUACACUCAGACUUACGACUGUUCUUUCUACCUGGCUGGGUUCUGCUAUCUGCUCUCCUCCCUCUCCCUGUUCCUGGAGCCACUGGCCCAGCGCUGGACGGCCAGGAAGAAAGUGGCCCAGACCAACAGAGCGGAGAGCGGCUGUAAGACCAAUGGCUGCUUCACCCUCGACCGCCUUCAGAACGGCGUUGUGUAGGAAUAAAACCCAGGGAAAUGCUCACGACUCGCAGUGGGCCUGCACACGUUGGACCACGGACUGCAGCUUAAAGUCGGGCCCCAAGUGACUCGGCCCGGGGAGGAGAAGAAUAUGACCACAGUAGCAUGGAGUCUAAAAACAACCAGUAGUUGAGAUGUUAGUGAGAGAUGAUUAUGUUGAACUUUUAAAAAGCCAAAAUUGUUUGAGUCAAACUGCAAAAUAUUUCAUCCCCUAUUCUUUUUUAUAUCAGUUCUACAUGCAUCAAAGCAGAAGGCAGUCCCCUGAAGAUGACAUGAAUGCAAACACAUAUCCACGAUGGAAGACUUUUCACAUGAUUUUCUUAGAAGCCUUUACCUGUAUCUGUAAACGUGAACUCACUGAUAUGCACUUUGGGCCAAGUUGUGAUUAUGCUGCAUGAAAUAUUCUCUGACCUUCAACUUACAGAUAGUUAAAUUACUGAACAACUACAUAAUUGCUUUCUGCCUCUAUUGCACAAUGUGUAAUUUUCCUCUAGAAAGCAGUAUUUGAUUUGGUAAUUUCACUUAGAAGAAAAAAUGUAUCUCUUGUCCACAACAAAUUAUUGUGGGCACAGGAGUGGCAUUUAGAGGUGUAUACUCAUAUUCUUGUAUUUAUAUCGUUAUUAAUGAAUGUUCUGGACUCUCGUUUGCCUGUCGGCGACUCACAUAGACUCACUAUUCAGACUUUGGAUUAUUUGGAUGAACUUUCUCCCCCAUUGAAAUGAUUAGGUCUUUAAACAUUUUAUAUUUCUCAUCAACCCCUUCAGACUCAUCACACUAAUAUAUUAUUUGUGCUUCAUCAUGUUAGUUUAGCUUUUUCAUACUUUUUAGUUUUUCUAGGAGUUGAUUUUUUUUUCCACUCCAUUGUUGAAGAGAUUUUUUGGAACCAUUGAGGCUAGUGACAUUGACCUCUGCCACUGGGACAUUCAAGGGAAGUGCUUUCACGUGAAGUUACACUUUCACCACUUUAAACCCUCGUAAUAUUAAGUGACUUUUAUCUCUAACCUGAACCGAGAGCGCAGCUGCUUUCGAAGUCAGUGCUUAAAUAUUGUAUAUACUGAUACUUAAAGUGCUUGUAGUCAGUGCACACACUUCGACCUUGGCUGAAAUUAAAUUCCAGCAUUGUACAUUUCAACAAUGUCAGCUGAAAUGUCAAACUAUAAAAAGAAAAAAUCUGUGAAAUUGUGAGUGAUUUCAUCUUUUACAUUUUGACAUUUCAGCUUUCAGUUGAAACACAUUUUAGUUGCUUUAGUAGGAAACAGAAGAAACUGACAUCUCAGCUGCUAACACUGCACUAAAUUGAUGAUGAAAUUUCAAAAAGUUUUCAACCAUCACACGUUACAGUUUACAAAUCAUUGCAUCUGCAGUUUUUAUAGUCAAGUGAGCACACUCCACCUUCUCCAGACAUUUUGAUAUUGAAUUAAAACCUCAAUUGUGACCUUUUUUAUUUUUUUUAAAUGCUGCAUCCAGAAACUGCUCCUUUUGUGGGUCAGUAAUGUUAUUACGCAUUUAAAAAGCUUUGUGCCAAUAUUGUUGACUUGGCAGCACCUGCUGAUGAGAAAAUGCUCACGUCUGGCUCAUCGCUUGUGAGCUGUGCAAACGCACACAGAGAAAGAUGUUUCUUUUGACAGCACGCACAAUAAUUUUAACUAUAGCAAAGAUACUGCAGCUCCUGAAGGAAGAACCCUGUUUGGUGGUGGUGUAGUUUUUGUUUGUUUGUUUUAUUUUUCUGAUGUUUUUGAUCUCAGUUGAAUCGUUUUGCAGAUGUUCCCCGUACAAAUGCAUGGGGGCCCAAACUGACUGUUGCCCAGCCUUUACAGUGCCUUUAGGCAGCCAGUUAAUGGCAAUGCAAAUUGUAUUUUUAUUUUGUAUGUACAUGGGAGUCUAUUGGUUGUUGGAUCUUUAUAUAUAUAUAUAUAUAUAUAUAUAUAUAUAUAUAUAUAUAGUAUACGCAUUUGUGUUGUCAGAGGAUUUCCUGUUUUUCACCAGUUUGCCUUACAAGGUACUGUGUCGUAUCUUUAUUAACUUCCUGUGAUGUCAGCCAAAGACACAUGAGAAACCUACCGACAACUUGAAGCUUGGAUUUCAUGAUAUUGGACAGUUUAUAUAAUUUAAAACACUGUUUUAAAACACCAUCCAUCACCAUCCAUCAGUCAGUCAUGUCCAAGUCUUGAUUUAGGGACGGCCCACAAUCCAGAGGUGGACGUUUUGUUACAGUGCCCUCUUGUGGCACAGAGAGGCAUCUACUCAAAGAAUGCCAUCUCAAUUAGUACCAAAUUAUUCCCCCUCAGCUCACUUUCACAAUACUGAGCAAGGCUCUUUGUAUUGUUUCAAUAACGACAGUCAUGCACGAAAGCUCUUUUAGGCUCACGGGUGUCAUUCGCCUCCAGUAUGCUUUCGUGAUUUAGGGCCUCUGUAUAUUUUGUACCAUAUCAAUCUUUUAUGAAAAUGAUUCGAUGCUUUAAAAGUAGAUAGUUUGGGGAUUAUUUUAAUUUUUAGUUAUCUGAGUUGCGUUAAGGAACUGUAUGUUUGAGCAAUAGUCUUCGUUUGCUCUUUGGUGAUGUCUCAAACAUCACUGUUAAGAAAGUCUGUUCUGUUUGAUGACGUUGGAUCCCAUUUUUCUUCUUGCAGCAAAUGCAUUUAUGGGCGAAAAGCACUGUUUUGUCACAACUCUUACUCCGGGAUUUGUUAUCUGAUUUAAGAAUAGAAAAUAUGCUUAACCAAUCAUAGAUAUCCUGUCCCAAGCCUUGUAACGGUGCGCACUCGGCUAUAAUAAAUUGACGCGUAACUCUG